AUGGGCCGCUACUCCGGCAAGACCUGCCGGCUGAUUUUCAUGCUCGUGCUCACCGUCGCCUUCUUCGUGGCAGAGCUGGUCUCGGGCUACCUGGGCAACUCCAUCGCGCUGCUCUCCGACUCCUUCAACAUGCUCUCGGACCUGAUCUCGCUGUGCGUGGGGCUGAGCUCCGGCUACAUCGCCCGGCGGUCCAGCCGGAGCGCCCAGGCCACCUACGGCUACGCCCGCGCCGAGGUGGUGGGCGCGCUGAGCAACGCCGUCUUCCUCACCGCGCUCUGCUUCACCAUCUUCGUGGAGGCCAUUCUGCGCCUGGCCCGGCCGGAGCGCAUCGAUGACCCGGAGCUGGUGCUCAUCGUGGGCGCCCUGGGGCUGGCGGUCAACCUGGUGGGGCUGCUCAUCUUCCAGGACUGCGCCGCCUGGUUCGCCAGCUGUGGCCGGGGCCGCCGCCGCCGCCGCCAGCAGCAGUCACGGGCCGAGGGCGGCGCUUUCGGGGGGCCCCAGGGCGCGCAAAGCCGACCGCAGGCCGCCACCCCGACAGCCCCCCACGCAGACUCGGCCGUGACCCUCCGGGUGGCCCCGGCGGAAAGGAAGGAGGAGAAGGGGGCGACCGUGUUCUCAAACGUAGCAGGUGAUACUCUGAACACCCAGAAUGAACCUGAAGAAACAGUGAAAACAAAGAAAAAGUCCGAAGCUCUGAAUAUCAGAGGUGUACUUUUGCAUGUGAUGGGAGAUGCCCUGGGCUCCGUGGUUGUGGUGAUCACGGCCAUCAUAUUCUAUGUGCGUCCCCUGAAAACCGAAGACCCCUGUAACUGGCAGUGCUACAUUGACCCCAGCCUAACCGUGAUCAUGGUCAUCAUCAUUUUGUCAUCUGCCUUUCCACUCAUCAAGGAGACUGCAUCCAUCCUGUUACAGAUGGUCCCCAAAGGAGUUAACGUGGAAGAGCUGAUGAGUAAGCUGUCUAGUGUGCAUGGAGUUAGCAGUGUACAUGAGUUGCACAUCUGGGAACUUAUAAGUGGAAAGAUCAUUGCCACCCUGCACAUCAAGUAUCAAAAGGGCAAGGGAUACGAGGACGCCAAUGUCAAAAUUCGAGAAAUCUUCCACAAUGCAGGAAUCCACAGCGUGACCAUCCAGUUUGAAAAUGUGGACUUGGAGGAGACCCUGCAGCAAAAGGACUUGCUCCUGCCCUGCAGCUCACCCUGCAUCUCCAAGAGCUGUGCCAGGCAGCUGUGCUGUCCUCCCGAGGCACUGCCCCUGGGCCACGUCAAUGGCUGCGUGGAGCACAAUGGCUAUCCGACCCUAGAUGUGUAUGGAAGUGACGGCCUCAGUAAAAGAAACAUGGCGGAAGUGGCUAUUGAUGUGCCUUCGGAGGGCUAUCUAAGUGUCUAUGGACAAGCUCAUAAACCUACUCAAGAGGAAGAACAUUAUGUAAACUGCACACACUUUUAAUCUGGUACUCCCAUGACCAGACUGGGUAGACCAGGCACUUUGACCAUCAGCUUGGCUUGUGGGGAGAGCUUGGUGGGUCAUAGGCACCGGCCAAACUUGCAGUGUGCACUCUCUGUGUUCAGUGGGGGACUGCCUAUGUGUUCAGUAAGGGGCUGAAUUUUAGUGGAACAUAUCUGUUAAUUUUUAUGUGACUGGUGACCCCUUUAUGUUACUCUGGGCAUCUCACGCUGCACUUCAGCAGCUUUAGUUUGAACUUUUAUUUUCGAAAGCAAACUUCACUAGUGUACAUACCAGGGAUAUCAACGUCUGGGACUCAGUGACAGUGAGCACAGCCUUCAAAGUAGUUUUGUUUCAUUCUUUAGUUGUUUAGAACUUCUACCUGGCUCAGGUGAGCACAUAGCCUCAGUGCAUCGAAAAAAGUGUCAGAACCAUCAUAGCUAUCUUUUUCCAUUCCCCUAGGAGAUCAUAAAGCAGGAAAGUUAGAUAUUCCUGU